GCAGGAGUUCUUGAAGCUUGAUCUGAAACAUUUUCCAGAAAGCAACGAACUAACAGUGAAAGGAGUUUAUGAAAUAGCAAUUUUACUUUUGGGUGGAAGAGAACUUGAGGCUCGCAGUCACAGGCGAAAGCUCAGAAAAUGGCGAUUAAAGCCAACAGAACGGUGGUUUCGGCUUGUCUUUUCUGGGUUUUCAUGCUGUGCGCGACAAUAGCAUUCUUUCAGCUUAAACUGAUAGAGAACGGAGGAGACCGUUCGUCUCACCACAAGGCCAUUGAAACUGCGCACCGUUCGGAAAACCCAGCUGAAGAGGAUUUGGAGGGAGUCACCCACAAAGUGUUUUUUGAUAUAGAGAUCGAUGGGAAACUUGCGGGUCGCAUACUCAUGGGACUUUUUGGAGCAGUGGUUCCAAAAACUGUAGAAAACUUUCGAGCACUUUGUACUGGGGAGAAAGGCGUAGGAAAAAGCGGGAAGCCUCUUCAUUACAAAGGUAGUACAUUCCAUAGGAUAAUACCCAGCUUUAUGGUCCAAGGGGGUGAUUUCACCCGCGGUGAUGGACGAGGUGGAGAAUCAAUCUAUGGUUUCAGGUUUGCUGAUGAAAACUUCAAAGUGAAACAUAAUGGACCAGGAUACUUGUCGAUGGCGAAUGCUGGAACGGAUACAAAUGGCUCACAAUUUUUUAUAACAACGGUUAAAACUAGCUGGUUGGACGGCCGCCAUGUUGUAUUUGGGAAGGUGCUCUCGGGGAUGGACGUUGUCUACAAGAUCGAAGCACAAGGAAGCGCUAAUGGCGAGCCCAAAGGCAAGGUUCUUAUACUUGCCAGUGGGGAAUUUACUUCAUGAUUUGACUUGUUACGUAUUUCAUUGAGUUGAGGUUGAUAGAACUACUAGUUCAGUUUAUCUCAAAUUGUUUUUUUUCUGGUUUUUUCUCCUCCCUGUGGGGUGUGCGCGCGUAUAGCAGAAUUGAAUUUUGAUGAGUCAGUAAAUAUCUGUUCCUAAAACAGACCUAGCCAGGAAUUUAAACACGAAGUUUCAUCAAGCAAAAACGCAGUUUGUUGAUAAGCUAGUCAGAAAACUGUAAAGAGCUAGUAUUCGCGUAAUAUG